AUGAACCUACAAACUUUUGAAUAUUUUCCAGCUUCAUACUCUCCAACCUCCUCUUAUCUAACAAAAUCUUCUAAGUGCAGAUCUUUUAUAAAUAGAUUUUACUUCUCAAAAGCAGCCAGAAUUUUUUUUGCAAUCCAAAUUCUCCUGUGCCUUUUCAGUAUGAUAUGAGUUUUAGCUCACAUAGGCUCAUUUCCCGGUAAUUUCUAAUCAGAGGAAAUAUGAUUUAUAACCCUUGAAGUCAUAAUUGGCAGCACAAUAAUCUCAGAGGUAAUGAUAAGAAUGUACUUAUUAGGAUUCAAAAAAUUUUUUAUAGGCUGCAAUAAUAUAUGUGAUAUAACUCUAUCAUUGAUUUGUGUAACAGAAAUCAUCAUAGCUUUUACAUCAAGAUCCUUAUUAGACGAUAUAGAAGGAGCUAUCGGGAUCAUGAUCUUGAUAUUAAGAAACAUUGUGAUAAUAUGAAGAGUUUUCAUGGUAAUUAAUAGGCAAAGAAGGACGCGCAUUAAUAGCGUACAUUUAGAAGUUAUCGGAGUCGGUGAUGAUGAAGAAAGAUAUGACAAAAUGCAUGAAAAUUUAAUUUUAAACAAAGAGUCUAUACAGUAUAUAUAUAGACCAAAGCUGGAAUCUCUAAAAGAAGAAGACGAAGCUAAUGAAAGCAGUGUAAAAACAGGCUCAAUUUGGGAAGGAAGAUUUGGAAAAUAA